AACGCCCAAAUACGGCCAUGUUGCUCUAGAUUUGCCAUCAGCCCGUAGACCAGCGGUAUAUCCAGAAAUAGUUUUGCAGCAUUUCGUUUAGUAGAAACCUGCAUAAAAUGGUGAACAAUACAUCGUGCUCAGCACUCAACACUAGUUCAAAGAUAUCUCCUUCCAAGGCAGAGGGCAUUGCACUGUGCAGUGCUUUCAUUCUGACAUCCGUUUUCAGUGUUGCAGGAAACUCUCUCACCCUUUUUCUCUUUGCAGUCAACAAGAAACUUCGUAAAAAGAGUUUAUUCCUAGUCAUGAACAUGGCGUUUGCUGACUUUAUGGUAGGAAUAUUGUGUUUACCCAUUUACAUUUAUUUUGUUGGGGAUUAUUUCCAGCUUUGGACGAAUCAAUGGGAGGAAAUCCAUUCAUCUGGGUACUACACGUUUAUUGACAACACGUUUACCCAGGCUUCCAUAAUUUCUGCAGCUUUCAUAUCUUGUGAAAGAUUUUACGCAGUGUACUGGCCUCUUAAGCACCGAACAUUAAUGCGGGCACAUCGUAUUGCUGUAAUCCUUGCUUGGAUCUUAGCUUUUGUUAUUUCUGGGCUCUUGAGUGGACUUUGGCUCUCAGUUUCAACUCCCAAAUAUUCAAUAUUUCUUUGGGCGCCGUAUAUCUUGAUUUUAACUUUUGUCAUCUGCUCCGGUAACCUAUGCAUCUGGAGGAAACUUCGACGGGGAAUUCUCGCUUCGCAGCGGAACAAAUCAGCGCCCAACAAACGCUUGACAAAGACUUUACUUUUUGUAUCAAUUAUUUCUUUAUUUUCGUGGCUACCUUUAGUUUUUACGAACAUUUGGAUGAUGUUAACUAGCUUCACUUCGAUAUCAUUAGAAAUAUAUUUCAUGGUAAAUGUUAUCAAUUAUUCCAACGCAUUUAUCAAUCCAGUUGUAUAUGUAUUGAGGAUUCCUGAGUUCAGACAAGCGCUAGGUAUGUGCUCUUUAAGGAGGGGAAGAGCUAAGAUGGAACGUAAAGACAGAGGAAAUAACAUGACAGGAGUUUUGACGCCAUCGUCGGAACUGAAAACGUUUAGAAAAGAUUCAAGGAACCAACAGGGCGUGCAAUUCACUACAAGGGAAGACAUUGCAGAGGACGUUUUGGAUACCGAGCUGUGAUCGUGGCUUGAAAACUCGAAGUUGCUAAUUGUUCUUCCUUUUUCAAAUGUCAUAAACAAAAACUUUGGUCACUUGAUUUUAGCCUUAAAGACGCCAAAACUGCUGACGAACAAUAUGCUGCAAUCUUUAAUCUCUAUUGCCUGCAGCGUUAUGACGGAUUUCAAUGAUCUGGAUGGAAAAAUAUAUGUACAACGGAUGUUUGCAAAACAAAAACAAUCUUAAAAACUAUGGCUGGCGAAAGCUUUUACUUUCUUUCAAAAAAUCUUCAAUCUGAUAAUGGUCAGGUUCCACUUUUAGUUUCAGAUAUAACCUCGAGUAAUAAGUAAAAUUAGCUUCACGUUCCCUAUAGGACGGAAUUUCAAUGAGUAUAUUGCUUCUUGAGGGGAACUGAGGGACCGACAAAGAUUGAUAAAUUGUGCAAUAUUCGCCGUUCGUUUAAGAUAUUAAAAUUGUUUUACCACA